UUUGGUGAGGGGUUGAAAGGGGAGAUCCAACAAUAGGCUCAAACCUGGUCUGGAACUGGACGGAUAUCUGACCUCCAUGCAGUGUCAAGAGCUUCUGGUGCAGGGCCUGAGUUUGGGGAUGAUCCUGGGUGGGGUUAUGCACUUUGUUUGUCUCGUGAAGUCUCACGCUGCCUACGGCCGCUACGUGGAUGCUUCUACCAGCUCCGUGAUGGUGCCCGCGAGACUCGCUUGGUUCCUCCAGGAGCUACCUGCUCUGCUGGUGCCUCUGCUUUUGUUGCUGAUGGCAGAUGGGAAUCAGGGCUUUAAAGGACACCUGAUGCUCUGGAUGUUCUGCUUGCACUACUUCCAAAGGAGCUGCAUCUACUCUCUGCUGAUGAAAGGACGGCCAUAUCCGUUCAUCAUUAUGCUGUCAGGAAUGGUGUUUUGUUCUAUCAAUGGCUUCCUGCAGGCGCACUAUCUGUUGCACUGUGCUACAUAUCAAGACCUCUGGUUUUCUGAUGGUCAUUUCAUAGCUGGUUUGAUUAUAUUUUUCAUAGGAAUGGGGAUCAAUAUUCACAGUGACCACAUUCUUCGCAAUUUAAGAAAACCUGGAGAAGUUUCCUACAAAAUCCCAAAAGGUGGCUUGUUCCAGUACGUGUCAGGAGCGAAUUAUUUCGGGGAAAUUGUAGAAUGGCUGGGCUACGCUCUUGCUAGCUGGUCUUUACCCACAUUUGCUUUCGCUUUUUUCACCAUAUGCUUCAUAGGCCCUAGAGCCUAUCACCAUCACAGAUUCUAUAUCGAGAAGUUCAAAGAUUUCCCAAGAUCAAGAAGAUCUCUCGUACCAUUCAUCUUCUGAACAACCUUGACAGCUGAAUGAAGUUUUACAGUGUUCUGACAGAUGGACAGCAUUAAAUCUUUCAGUUCCACCAGCAAUUUUGGUUUGUUUUUAUUAUCUGAAUUAUAGCAUAUUAUAUAUUGUGUAAAUUAUUGACACACGUAGGAAAAUAAUAGUAUUUAUCACUUGAUUGUCAUAUUUAUGAUUGUCGAUAACGGUUUUGACCUUUUUCCAUAUACUAUGUUAAAGGCUUACAUAAAAUGACAUUUUCCAGUACUUUUCUCUUGAUUUACAGCAAAACUGUACUACAUAGGAGUAUAAAUGUUUGUACAAAUUCCCUUUGUUAAAAGGAGGACAAAUGUAUGGCAUAAUGAUUGAGAAUUAAGAAUGGUCUGUUUUAGUAAUUGCUAAUCUUCAAAAAUAUUUUUACACAUUUCCACUAUGCAUCCAAUUAUCUUUGUUUGCCAAAGGCAAAUGAUCACUUCAUAUAAUUUGCUGGAGCUCAUAGCAAUGACAAUAAUGUGCUUUAACUUGAUCGUCAUUAAAAUGAGAAAAGAGGAGUGAAAUGUCUGAACUGAAAAUAAACUUAAUUCUUUUCUUUUGGCAUCACAUGCAGUGCGGCCAGUCGAAUAUGACAUUUGGGGAGAU